CUCUUUGGAGGACGGACCGCAGAGGUUGUCUGAAGGCCGAGGCCAAGAUGGCGGCGCUGGCGGCUCCUGGCCUGCUCUCUGUACGGUUCCUGGGUCUGCGCACAGGCACAGUGGCCCAGCUGCACAGAGUCCAUCAGAGUGUGGCCCCUGAGGGCCCGAGCAGCACACAGUCUGCCGUGUCCAAGGCUGGAGCUGGAGCCAUGGUCCCCAAGCUUUCCCAUCUUCCCAGAAGCCGGGCCGAGUAUGUGGUGACCAAGCUGGAUGAUCUCGUCAACUGGGCACGCCGGAGCUCCCUGUGGCCCAUGACCUUUGGCCUGGCGUGCUGCGCUGUGGAGAUGAUGCACAUGGCUGCGCCCCGCUAUGACAUGGACCGCUUCGGUGUGGUGUUCCGUGCCAGCCCGCGCCAGGCUGACGUGAUGAUUGUAGCUGGCACACUUACCAACAAGAUGGCCCCUGCGCUCCGCAAGGUGUACGACCAGAUGCCCGAACCCCGCUACGUGGUGUCCAUGGGGAGCUGUGCCAAUGGCGGUGGCUAUUACCACUACUCCUACUCGGUUGUUCGUGGCUGUGACCGCAUUGUGCCUGUGGAUAUCUACGUGCCAGGCUGCCCACCCACGGCCGAGGCACUCCUCUACGGCAUCUUGCAGCUGCAGCGGAAGAUCAAGCGUGAACAGAAGCUGAAGAUCUGGUACCGCAGGUAGAGCUGCCAAGCUGAGCACGAGAAUCCCAGAAUCCCUUGUGAAUAAACCCACCCUGCUCCA